GAUAGUUUGCGGGGUCCAUUGAUGACUUCUGUUUCUCCUAGGAAACGGUUAAUUGCUCGGUGACUCAGCCCGCCUCAGUUUCGUGGCCCUGCCCAGAGCGGCAAAGCAAUGAAGAGCUUCACACGCACUGAUGUGUGUGUAAGAAGGGAACACGGCUGAUCGAGUGGAGAAACAAGCUCUAUUUUUAGCGGAGCCGUUCAUGAGAUAAGCCACCAUGAUUGUAGUGGAGACUUUAGGCACCGAAGAAGGAAGUACCUCCUCGUUGCUGGGAACCACGAAAUAAACGAGAGCCCGUUUGGACUGAAUCGUGCUAGGCGGAGGAGAGGAUAGGGUGGAGGUGUUGUUCUAACCCGCCGCCCCGGAGGAGGAGGGGGCCGGACCUUCCUGCCCGGUGUGCAAAGUGGUCCGCCCGCUGGGACUGGCAAUGCCAGACAGGCACCUGCUCAAACUCUGGGGCCGCGCACACUGCGCUCCAUGCGGAUGGGAGCCGAGCGAUUCGGACUGUGCAGCCCCCGGCUCCUUGUGCAGACUUCUCUGUUAUUUCCCACUGGAUUGAUCACGCCUGCAGAUGUAUUGCGUCUGACAGUUGUCUGAACUUUCAGCGCAGUCUGGAACUGGGCCGUUUAAAGACAGAGGAGCCUUUUGAUUGUUUUGACGGAAAUCGGAAGAUCCGUAGUUUUGACAUCUUAUUUCCCCCCAUACUAGAGAACGUGAUGGGUCCGGGCCGCGCUGCUGUGCUCCAACUGCUCCGCGCCUCUUUCGCCCUCCUCGUGUGUGGAAAUGCCGCGCUCUCGCCGGCUAACAGCAGUGAAGGGUUCGCGGAUCGUGCGGAUGUCGGGAAGGUCGCUUCUCAUGCGGAGAGCGUCAAAAGUGGAACUCCAAGUAAUUCCAUAGGCACAAAAGUAUCAGAGCCAUUUUUUGUAAUUGGCGAUCAGAUGUUCAACAGAAUGGAUGCUUUUCACGAUAGUUAUCCAGAUCAGCUACAGUGUGGAUUGGAAGUAGAUGGGAAUCUGAUGUUGCUUGACUUGGAGAAGAAUGAGAACCUAGUUACUUUCUUGAAAAACAUAUACUUUUACCAACCAGACGGUGAAUUGGUCACUGAAGACACUGGUAACCAGAUGCAUUGCCAGUACCAGGGGAAGGUAAGAGGCAUUCCUGGCUCUCGUGUUGCAGUCAGCAUUUGCUCUGGACUCAGGGGUAUGAUAUCUCUUGCUGCUAACCUAACCUACGAGGUAACAUCAGGCAAAGAAGGAAUUCAUUAUGUCAGAAGAACCCAAGAUGUAGAAAACCACCAUGGCAAAUGUGUAGUUAUUCAGCCACCAAAGAUUCACCGUACUCACACUUUAACGCUGCUCAGUGAAAAAGCAGAGCAUCUUCUGAGAAGAAAAAGAGAUGUUCUCUCAGAAACAAAAUAUAUUGAACUGGCACUAGUGGUGGACAACUCAUUGUUUCAGAGAUAUAACAGCAGUAUGAAGACUGUGAAAAACAGAAUGAUGGAUUUGGCUAACCAAGUUGACUAUUUUUUUCGGCCUCUGAAUGUGCGCAUUGCUCUGGUGGGAAUUGAAAUCUGGAGUAUCAAAAACGAGAUUACCAUUGACAAAAACCCCAAUAAAACUUUGAAUCGCUUCCUGGAUUGGAGAAGACAAAUUUUGCUGCCACGGCUGGAACAUGAUAAUGCCCAGCUUAUUACAGCUGGCACUUUUGAAGGCGCCACAUUAGGCACAACCUUUCAGUCCUCUAUGUGCUCCAUUGAUCAUUCGGGAGGUAUCAAUGUGGACCACUUAGUUAGUGUGCUGGGGAUAUCUUCAACAGUGGCCCAUAACCUGGGGCAUAAUCUAGGCUUCAACCAUGACAGCAAGGAGCGAAAGUGCCAGUGCGAUAUUGAGCCAAGACUAGGGGGCUGCAUCAUGGAGCCAUUAACAGGAUUCUUGCCAGGCCAGACAUUCUCCAGGUGCAGCAUCCAGGAUCUUUCUACAAGCUUGCAGAAUGGUGGAGGGAUGUGUCUCUUUAAUGUGCCUGCUCCACAGAGGCUAUCAGGAUGGCCACGUUGUGGAAACUUAUAUGUUGAGAAGGGCGAAGAUUGUGACUGUGGGCUCCUGGAUGAGUGCAAGGACCCCUGCUGCAAUGCCAGCACCUGCAAACUAGCAUUUGGUGCAGAGUGUUCUUCUAAUGGGGUCUGCUGUGAAAACUGCAAGUUUCGCUCUGCUGGCUCAGUAUGCAGGGAGCACUUUGGUGAAUGUGAUCUACCAGAAUACUGCAAUGGAUCAUCUCCCUUAUGCCCUGCUAAUGUCUUCAUUCAGAAUGGGAACACUUGUCAGCAGGGAGAAGCUUUCUGCUACAAUGGAAUCUGCAUUACAAAUGAAAUGCAGUGCCAGGUUCUCUGGGGACCUAAUGCCACUCGUGCUGAUGACAUUUGCUUCAGUUCUUUCAACAAACAGGGUGACAAAUAUGGCAAUUGUGGCCAGCGUUCCGAUGGCUCCUACAUAGCCUGUGAUGACCAAGAUGUACACUGCGGAAAAAUCCAGUGUAGAGGUGGAAGCAAUCGUCCCCUGUUGGGCUCCAAUGUAGAGAUAAUCAAUAUGAAAGUGCGGGUUAAUAAAACUGAUAUACGUUGUAGGAAAACCUAUAUCAAUUUCGGCAAUGAUGUGGUCAACCAUAGCCUAGUCAUGUCAGGCACUGCUUGUGGAAAAAACAAGGCUUGCAUCAACAACAAAUGCCAGGAUGUGUCUCUGUUUGGUGUGGUGGAUUGUCAAAAGAAGUGUAACAAACAUGGGGUGUGUAACAGCAAUGAGAACUGCCAUUGUGAUCCAGGCUGGGCACCUCCUGACUGCAGAGUGGCAGGGAAUGGAGGAAGUUUGGACAGUGGACCAGUUUUGCAAAGAAAAGAAAACCAUCGGAGCAGUGUGACUCUGCUUGUGUUUUUCUUGUUCAUCUUGCCAGUAGCAGUCCUGUGCCUUUUGCUGGUUUGGCAUAGGCGUCGAAAAGAAAAGAUUUGCUGGGGAAGCAGUGCCUUUCAAAAGGGGCCCAGUCGUCCACAAAGCAGAAGAGUGAGGGAAACUUGCAUCGUCCAUUUUACAGAGGUGACCUCAGUGGAUGAUCUCCAAGAAAACCGAACCAUGGCAUCAGACUGGAACAACAGCACCAGGGAACAGGUCCAGCCUCUCCGGUAUCAAUGGAUGCAGAACAAUGAUAUCCCCCUCACACCCCCAUUUCAUAAGGUAUCUAGCAGACCAGCUCCUCCUUCAAAGCCUCUACCUCCAGAUCCGGUGCUGAGGUCCAGCCAGCCUGAAGUUCCUGUCAGACCUGCCCCUCCCAGCAAGCUGCUGCCACCUGACCCUGUCAGCAAAGACAGCCAGAUGAAUAUACAUACUCGUCCACCACCACCACAGAAACCUCUGCCAUCUGAUCCUCCAAGCCGCCCACUUUCUGGAACAACUCUACAAUGUGAACCUGACAUGAAUGCAGUUCCUGCCAAUGGCGCCAGUGCAGGUCUUGUACCUGCAAGACGUGCUCCUCCCCCACCUUCAACACGAGACUCUCACCCUACAACUAGUGAGCCAGGUGUUUUUGUGUGAACUCAAGUGUCUACCAAUAAGGACUUGCUAACUUAAGAAUCUCAGGUGACUGACUUCGCACCAUGGGCCUGAACAUGCUGCCUUCAGAAAAAAAAAAACUAUACACAUGUCAAUUUGUCUUGUGUUCGCCACAGCUGAAUUUUGUCUGUAACAGCAACACAUGGAAUAUGUCAGAUCAGCAGCGAGUUUAAAGUUCUGGUGCUCAAAAUGACUCGAUUAUAUUAUGGGAGAAAUUGCUCGUGCUUGUCUGCAAGAUGCUCAUAAAGCCUCAUCAGAUCUGCAAGGGUUUUGUCCAGCUGGCAUGGUCAAGAUACACUUUGAAUGUCUUCCCAACUUUUAAAACUACAAGCAAGUAAUCUGCUUCAUUUUCUUCAAAGCUUUUUUUGAAAUGAACUACUUUUGGUUCAUUACAUUUUGAACUUCAAAUAUGACCUUUUAGAAGUUGUUUGAGCAAUAUUCAUUAAAAAUGACAAGCUUUAUACAACCUUUCGAAUAACUAUUAUGCACUGGUUCAUUUUAUUUGCACUGACUGGUGUCUGGACAAAAACAGAUUUUGGGGAUUCCGUCUACAAAUGAAAGACUAUCUUUCAACUUUUUGAAGUGACAUAUGAGGCUUGGAAAUGGACAGUGAACCUCUUCUGUUUUUAAUUACAGGAGUCACCUUACUUUAAGUGUAAAUACACCAUAAAGAAAGGUAAUUCAUUCUAACACCGAAAUCUCUUAUUUUUCAUUGGGUAUAUACUUACGAGCAACACUUUUUAAGUGCUAAUAAUUAACUGCACAGUGUUGCUCCUUUUUUGUAAUCCGCAUAAAUGCGGAGAGAACCCCACCUACUACUGAACUGUAGAUGUGUCUAGAUAGUUAUUAGAAGAAUGAAACUUAAGGGAUAAAAGAACAUUAAUCACUAGAAUUCAAGAAAAUAAAGUGUCCUAAGGUUUUGAGCUUAAAAUGGCACGUGUUCCUCUGCAAAUGUGAUGACCAUAU